CCGUGUAUUCAUCCGGGCAGAAGUUCCGGAGCGGCGGGUCUGCGCGGAGGUGACGCGCCGGGGAAGGAGUCGGAGGAGCCGUCGUCCCCGCCGCACAGAGGCGGGUCUGAGGCUCGGCGAGGCCGCCCAGGGCGCCCCGCACCACGGCCUGCCCGGUCCCGGCCCCGCGCUCCGCCCACAGGCCCGGAUGGCGGCAGCCACGCUGAGGGACCUGGCUCAGGUCCAAGCAGUGGAUUCAGUAUCUUCUCAGCAGUGCACCCUCUUCCUUUGAAUCCAGAACCGUGUGCACCAUACUGAUCCUGAACCACACAGCACGAGGCGCCACUUCACCUGUGCUUCAGGAGGCUCUGAUAUGCAGUGCACUUAGCAGAGGCUUACGGACCCGUGAGAACCGCACUGCCCGGAGGACCCUACACCAAGUGACUUCAGCGUGGAGCCAAUGAAGGUCCAGGAGACGGGCGUUUCCGUGUGUGCCAUCUCGUCCAGGUGGGACUUGCGGGGUCCUGGUGGCAGUCAUUUUGGCAGCUCUCGACUCCGUUUCCCGGUUGGAGGCUCCAGAGUGCUGGCUCGAGACGACGUGAGGACUGUGGCAGCACCAGAGGUGUCCCUGCUGCUCAGAGGCGGGUCCGAGACGCCGGGCGGCUCCCAGCCUUGCUGUGCCCACAGAAUCCGAUGGCGGCGGCCACGCCCAGGGACCCAGCUCAGGAUGGUGUGACCUUUGAAGACGUGGUUGUGUACUUCUCCUGGGAGGAGUGGGGGCUCCUUGAUGAGGCGCAGAGAUGCCUGUACCACGAUGUGAUGCUAGAGAACUUUGCACUUGUGAUCUCACUGGGUUGCUGGUACGGAAUGGAAGAUGAGGAGGCACUUUCUGUGCAACGAAUGUCACUGGGCAAGGCUCCAAAUCCAGGACCACCCAUCUGGAAAGCUCAGCCCUGUGACAAGUGCGUCUUGGUUGGGAGAGACAUUUUGUACCUGGCGGAGGAACAAGGACCACAUCCGGGCCAGAAAUCCACCUGUGAGGCAUGCGGGAAGCAGUUGUGGUUCAGUGCAAGCCUUCACCAGAAGCACAACGAAGAGAAGCCAUUCAGAUGGGACAUGGAGUUUGUGACAAGCUACAAGUUGCAUGUGUCUGGGAAGCCUUUCCCCUGCGGGGAGAUAGGGAAGGACUUCCUGGCCGUAUUGAGUCUCCUCCAGCAUCAGGCCACUCUCAAAGGGGCAAAACCACACAGCAGCUUCGAGCACGAGUCCUUUCCGGGCGGAAAAAGUUCGCACACAUGUAGCGACUAUGAGAAGUCAUUCAGCUGUGACUAUAAUAAACUUUUCCAGCAUCAGCAGCCUGACCCUAGAGAAAGUUACCAUGCCUGGGAGAACUGUGAGAAACCUUUUAACCAAAGCUCCAUCCUGAGUAAUUGCCAGAGAGCUUGCCCAGCAACAAGGUCUUACGUGUGCAACGAAUGUGGAAAAUCUUUCAGCCAAAGCUACAACCUCAUUCAACACCACAGAAUUCACACUGGCGCAAGGCCUUACAAAUGCAGUGAAUGUGGAAAAGCCUUCAGCUUCAAAUUCAGGCUUGUGCAGCACCUGCAGAUUCACAACAGAGUGAGACCUUAUGUGUGUGGCGAAUGCGGGAAAGCCUUCAGCUACAGCUCUACCCUCAUUAAACACCAGAGAGUUCACACGAGAGAAAAGCCUUACAAGUGUGGUGAGUGUGGGAAUUCCUUCAGCCAAAGCUCCAACCUCAUUCAACACCAGAAAAUUCACAGUGGAGCAAGACCUUAUAAAUGCAAUGAAUGUGCAAAAUCCUUCAGCUACAAAUGCAAACUUGUUCAGCACCUGCGCAUUCACACCGGAGAAAGGCCUUACGAGUGUGGUGAGUGUGGGAAAUCCUUCAGCCACCGGUCCACUCUCAAUCAACACCAGAGAAUUCACACGGGAGCCAGACCUUAUAAGUGCAAUGAGUGUGAGAAAUCCUUUAGCCAAAAGUCCAACCUCAUUCAGCACCGGAGAGUCCACACAGGAGAAAAGCCUUACGAGUGUGGGGAAUGUGGGAAAUCCUUCAGCCAAAGCUCCCACAUCAUUCAACACCGAAAACUUCACACCAGAUAACCUCAGGAGUGCAGCGACUGUGGGGAAAUGGUUCAUAAGCUACAUAUGUGUUACAUAUGUGCAACAGAUGUCGGUGUAAGCCUUCACCUACAGGUCCGGCCUUGUUGGGCCCCAGAAGGUCCUGUCCGGAAUGUGGUGUUUCCUAGAACUAGAGACUUUGUGAGGGAGCCACCUCUUGGAAAUUGAACGUCCACACCGGGGAGAUCUCCCAAAACCCCUAGGUUUGUGGGGAAGCUUCCAGGAGCCCAGCGUGUUCUUACUCUGUUCUGCCAGGUUCCUCAUUCAGGGCAGAUCGUCUCUCGACCAUUGUGAGUGACGGGGGAGGGUAGCACAGCAAGUCCCUUCUUCCUCAUUAGGGUUCUGACCCAGUUUUGACAGUGCCAAGGGGUUGAAAUGAAAAUACUGUUUACCUUCUAGACCUCCUUGCAGUGUACCACGAGGACACGGUAUUUCUCUUCUGACCACUGUAGGGCUCCUGUGAGAGUGGUUCCUUUUUCCCAGGGUGUCACACGAUGUCGAGCACUGUCAUGGGGAAGCUGUUCCCGAGCGCUGCAAAGGAAUCAUGUGCCUUCAUGUGUAAAGUUCACUUUCUGGUGUCAUUGGUUGAUUUUAAGACUACUAUAGGGACCAGGUCGAAAACCCGUGAUUGUACGGAAACAAAGACGACGGCAGGACUUAGGAUAUAUAAACCUCUAACAAAACUUGCAUCCACUGAUGUUCCAGUUUAUACACUCCACCCCAGUGUUCCUCCUAUAGUUUUGGAAGUUGAGGCCGUUGUGUCAGUCUUAAUUUCUAGUCCAUCUCACAGAUAUUUGCUGCAUAGGCAAGAAAAUGGCAAUAGGAUAGAAAAUCCCACUGUGGUUGAGACCUGUAGCUUUUCUGACCAGUUGCUGACCCAGAUAGAAAUGACCUUGAAACUCUUUGAUGCAGGGCAUCCCUUCCCCAGGCAUGAGGAAGGAUGGCAGACUCUUGUGCAAAAAAGUAGGGGACCCAGACCUCUAUUUGAUUUUUAAGGAAAGCUUUAUUGAGGUAUAAUUAACAUGCUGUAAAACUGCACAUAUUUAAAUUGUAUACAAAACCAUGGGUGGUAAUAAAUCUAUAUAACUCCUUUAAUUUUGUGUCCUUUUUAAACUUCUACCCUGCACAGUAAAUUAUUUUGUAUUUUUUACAUGAUUAGACUCAGGUAUUUUACUUUUUUAAAUUUUGCUUUCCUUUAUGCUGAAUAAUUUAGAGAGCGCACAUUUUUUUUUAUUGCUGAACGCUAUUCUGUAUGGAUGUGCCAUGAUUUUGCUUACCCCACUUAGCUAUCCGCUCGCUGAUCACCACAAAUAAAACUUCAAACGUACGGACUGCUGAACCUCUA